AAACGGCUUCUCUGUCUAAGUCAAGAGAGCACAUGGCGUUCAAACUACAUCUUCUGUCUGGUCACGGCCGAACAAUUUCGGUGUAAAAAAAAUGCGCCCUUGACUUUGGUUCCGGUUCUUCCGUUCUUAGUGCCGGAAGAAAGAAGCGAAGAGGGGAAUUAAACACAUAACGGAAGUUUAAGAGCCAGGGGGGCAUUUUCCUGUGUUAACAACGUACCUGCCCAUUCAGUUAAUUACUGCACUGUAGGAUUUUGAAUAUUUUAAUUUCACAAUUGAAGCAUUUCGAGGUGAGUCAAUCGACGUCAACCCAACUGAAAUAUUAACCUUGACGUUUGACUGCACGCGCACGAGCGACAUGCCGCGCAUCGAGAGCGACGUCAAGCUGGACUUCAAGGACGUGCUGCUGCGGCCCAAGAGGAGCACGCUCAAGUCGCGCAGCGAGGUGGACCUCAUGCGCAGCUUUACCUUUAGGAACUCGAAGCACAGCUACACAGGGAUCCCCAUCAUCGCUGCCAACAUGGACACGGUGGGGACCUUUGAGAUGGCUCUGGCUCUGCACAAGUUCUCCCUCUUCACGACCGUCCACAAGCACUACUCGGUGGACGAGUGGAAGGAGUUCGGCGCACAGCAUCCGCAGUGUCUGGAGAGCGUGGCCGUGAGCACGGGCACCAGCGAGGCUGACUUUGAGAGGCUCUGUGCCGUGUUGGCUGCCGUGACCCAGCUGCAGUACAUCUGCGUGGACGUGGCCAACGGCUACUCGGAGCACUUUGUGCACUUCGUCAAGGACGUACGGCAGAAGUUCCCGUCCCACACCAUCAUGGCAGGGAAUGUGGUUACCGGAGAGAUGGUGGAGGAGCUGAUUCUUGCUGGUGCUGACAUCAUCAAAGUCGGCAUUGGACCAGGCUCAGUGUGCACAACUCGCAAGAAAACCGGGGUGGGGUACCCCCAGCUAAGUGCUGUGAUCGAGUGCGCUGACGCUGCCCAUGGUCUUGGGGGACACAUCAUAUCUGAUGGAGGGUGUACCUGCCCAGGUGAUGUGUCCAAGGCCUUUGGUGCCGGCGCAGACUUUGUCAUGCUGGGCGGGAUGUUGGCUGGUCACUCCGAGAGCGGAGGCGAGGUCAUUGAAAAGAACGGGAAGAAGUACAAGCUCUUUUACGGCAUGAGUUCCGACAUAGCCAUGAAGAAGCAUUCUGGAGGGGUGGCGGAGUACAGGGCGUCGGAGGGGAAGACGGUAGAGGUGGCAUACAAGGGCCCGGUGGAGGAAACGAUUCGAGAUGUCCUGGGAGGGGUGCGAUCCACCUGCACCUACGUGGGUGCCGCCAAACUGAAAGAGUUAAGCCGCAGGACCACCUUCAUCAGAGUCACCCAGCAGCUCAACACUGUGUUUGGAAAUGAUAGCUAAGAGAAAACCAGGCCGCUGGAGUCAGGGAAUCCAAGAUGAGCUGUCUCUCGCGUGCGCCCACAAAUUCACGGAUACGCACACAUACCCAUAGAAACACCGCCUGUUUUAACAGCUUUAGUUGUUUUAUUUAUUUCCAUAUAUACAAGUCAAGCUUUCAAUAUGUAAUGCUCUAAUAAUCAAAAUACAGUCAUCUAUGAAGAAAUUCAGGAGUGCAGACUCCCUGCUCUUGUGUAGGGGGUCCACUGUAGUAACUGUGCAAACAUACCCAAGUAAUUUUAACUUAGGACCAAACUCCUACAGUAGGAGGGAACAUUUUAAUAUUAAAUUAUUAACUCGUUACUGUCUUUGACAACAGACUAAAGUAAAAAAUAAGUAAUAAAAUACAUAAUUCCUGAUAUGCACCACCACUAGGGUUUAUGCAUGUUUUUGGCUUUGUAAAAAAUCUCCACUGCAGCUGGUAUUUGUUGCUCUGAAACAUUUACAAGAUAGGGGCUCUUCCCUUUUAAGAUAAAGGGAAGGAUAAAGCUGGGUUAAUUUUUUUUUUUAAGUAUAGUGUGUUUAACACAACAUUUAAGCUUUAAUGCAGUUGUAGUUGCAGUUUAGUGCAGCUUUUUCUGUUGGUGCGGUAAUAGCGAAGUUACAUGAAUAGGUUUUCCGUAUCAUAUUUAUCCUAGUGAGACCAAGGGUAUCUCCUCUGGAAUGAGCCAGAAUGUGAUCCAAAUGUUACAUUCCAGUGUUCUACUUUGUAUGAAUAAAACUGUGUGCCAAUUUGAUUGCUGCGUGUGCACAUGUUCAGCGUUCCAUCUUUGAAUAACAAAUGAUAUCCAAUACUGCCAUCAUAC